AUUAAGGUGUGUCAUAUACUUCGAGCAGUAGUGCUGUGUCGUUGUUGUGUUGAGAUUUCAAGCUCUCUCUAAUCAUGUCUGGCCUAGUAAAAGCUAAGAAGUACGAUUGGAAGGACAGCAACUUGGCCUUGUUUGGCUCUGAUCUGGAGAAAAAUGUGAAGAAAGCAUCAGCUGCUACGGAGAAGGCCUGGGAAGGCGCUGGAGAGAAGCCUGGCUUGGAAAUUUGGCGUAUCGUCAAGUUCAAGGUCACUCACUGGCCUAAAGAGGAUUAUGGCAAAUUCUAUAAUGGAGACAGCUACAUUAUUCUCAACACCUACAAGGACAAAGAAAGUGAUGAGCUUUUGUAUGAUGUUCACUUCUGGAUUGGUGCAGGAUCCACCCAGGAUGAAUAUGGAACAGCUGCUUAUAAGACAGUUGAACUUGACACAUUUCUCAAUGACAAGCCAAUUCAGCAUCGUGAAGUCCAGAAUCAUGAGUCAGACAUAUUUAAAAGUUACUUUCCACAGUUACAACUCCUAAAUGGGGGGGCUGACUCUGGCUUUAGACGUGUUGGACCUAAAGAGUACAAGCCUCGCUUGUUGAAGUUUAAUGAUGAGGGCAGAAACAAGGUCAAAAUAACCGAGGUGGCAUAUUGUAAGGAAAGCAUUACUCCAGACAAUGUCUACGUCAUUGACAAUGGUGAAGAAGUUUAUCAGAUAAAUGGUUCAGGCAGUGACAAAGAUGAGAGAUUCAAAGCUGCCCAGUUUUGCCAGAAUUUGAAGAGUGAAAGAGGCAAGGUAAAAGUGGAAACUAAAGAGGGAGGCUUUGGAGGACUUCCCUCUGGUGAUCCAGAUACUGAGGAUCCAGUAGACGAUGAUUUUGAACCCACCAUUAAGAAAAUAAGUGAUGCCAGUGGUCGUCUGGAACUUUCUGAUACUUCUGGGUUCAGCAAGUCAGUGCUGGACAGCAAAGAUGUGUUUAUUGUAGACAAUGGCAAAGAAUGUUUUGUCUGGGUUGGAAAAGAGGCCAGUGUUGAUGAGCGGCUUAAAGCAAUGCAGUAUGCACAUGGCUACUUGAUGGCGAGCAAACAACCCCUCAUUCCAGUAUCUGUUGUGAAAGAGGGCCAAAAAUGUCCAAGAUUUGAUGCUUUGUUCUGAAGUGGCAAGCACACUUUCAAGGACUUAAUGGCAGCCAAACUAUCGCAUAAUAUGUUCAUGGAUUGCAUCUUUUCUAAUUAAAAAGUGAAUGCGAGAGUUUUCGUAAGUUUUAUAGUUUUUGGGUAAUUUUGUAUUAAAUCCUCAUUUUGUUGAAAUGACCUUAACUGCCGUUAGAAAGCUACAUUGUAUUCCAUAAGUGUAGCUGUGGGCUUUUCGGUGAUUUAUUGCUGUCAACUACUUUGUGUAAAGUGGUAUUUAGAAACGAAAUAAAAUUACAGUGUGGGCUGAA